UGUUAAUGCAAAUAAGAUUUUCAUAUCACUUCUGGGCAGAAGUGAACUGAAUUUGCAAGUAGGUGGAUUACAAACUUCUACGCCAGGUAGAAUCUUCUUAUGCUUUCAGCCAGCAGACCUGGGACUUACUGUUUUCAAGUCAACAACCUCCCGCAAUAGAAGUCAAAUGAUAUAAUUGAGCUAUAUAUGAGAGAACUUUAGGAUGUAUAAUUUGUUCACUGUAGUCUGACUGCUGUGGUUUUAUUUAUCUGUUUGAUAAUAUGGCUUUAACAAAAUCUGAUAAGACUAUGGAUGAAGGUAUUGAUAAUCCAGUAUUCAUUCUUGAUGACGAUAUAAAUGUGAAACAAAACUCAAAAUCUAAUAAUGGAACCAUCCAAGAAGCAGCAACAUCAAGACAAGAAUUUGAAGAAGGACCAUGUGGCUGGGGAACAUUCACAUUAGAUUGCAUUCAAUGCUGCAACAACCCUAAAGGAUAUUUAUUCUUUUACAGUCUGCUAUCCAUCAUUCAAGGUGCUUUGGUGAAUGGUCUGGUGAACGUCAACAUCUCCACAAUUGAAAAGCGAUACAACUUGACUAGUUUCUUCACAGGAUUGAUUUCUGUUGGCUAUGAUAUCUCCUUCACCACCUUAUCUCUCGUUAUCUCUUACUAUGGACAAAAAGGACACAAGCCACGGUGGCUGGCCUUUUCAGCUUUUAUGCUUGGAUUGGGAUCUCUUGUAUAUUCUCUUCCUCAUUUCAGUAGUGGCCUAUAUAAUUACGGUUCUGAAAUGAGAGAUAUCUGUGUUCCUUCCAAUGGUAAUUCCACCACACAAGCCUGCAAUACCUCUACUGCAGCCAAAGACACCAGCUUUUUCUUGCUGUUUUUUCUGGGGCAAUUGUUGCAUGGAGUUGGAGGAACCCCUUUGUACACACUGGGGACAGCCUACCUCGAUGACUCUGUUCCUGAUGAUAAAACUUCUCUUUAUAUAGGUAUUGGAAAUGCUAUGUCAGUUCUGGGCCCAGCUUUUGGAUUUCUUUUAGGUGGUCAGAUGCUGGACAUUUAUAUUGAUGUCAAUCGUGUUUCCAACAUUGAUUUAAAGUCAGAUGACCCUCGAUGGCUUGGUGCUUGGUGGAUUGGUUUUCUUUUGUGUUGGAUACUUUCCUGGAUUCUGAUUCUACCUCUUUCAUGCUUCCCAAAGCAUCUACCAGGCACAGAAAAAAUACAACUUGAAAAGAUUUCUCAGGCUCAUUGUUAUAAAGACUCAAGUAUUUUCACACGGGAACAUUUUGGAGAAAGUUUUAAGGAUUUCUUCAUGGUACUGACGAAAAUGUUGAAGAAUCCGGUUUUCUUGUGCUUAACUGCAGCAUGCUGCACUGAAGGUCUGGUGAUCACAGGCUUUGUGACAUUUUUGUCAAAGUUCAUUGAAAGUCAGUUUAGCCAAACUGCUAGCCUAGCAGCAGUCCUUGGAGGAGCAGCACUUAUUCCUGGAGCUUUUAUUGGUCAACUUACCAGUGGGAUCAUUAUGUCUAAGCUGAAAGUCCAGUGUCGAAAUAUGAUUAAGAUGGCUUCAGCUACAACAAUAUUAUCAGUACUCUUCUCCAGCAUUUUCAUUUUUGGUUAUUGUUCAAACACUCCAUUUGCUGGGAUCAACCAGAAUUAUUACCAUAACAAAACUACAGAGAAGUUCCAACUUGAGGCACCCUGUAAUGCUGACUGUCACUGCAGCCGUUCAUUCUUUAAUCCAGUCUGUGGCGUAGGUAAUGUCCAGUAUUUUUCUGCAUGCUAUGCCGGUUGUAUGAAUGCAACAACAAAAGGUACCCUUCACGUUUAUGAGGAGUGUUCUUGUGUCCAGAAAGAAAGCGUUGAAUUUGAUGCACAAAAAGGAAAAUGUAGUUCCACAUGUGACCGCAUGCCAUUGUUUUUGGGAAUAUUUUUGUUCUGUGUUAUUUUCACAUUCAUGACUAGCACAUCACUCACAACAUCUGUUCUCAGGUGUGUUCCAGAUAAACAACGCUCAUUUUCAUUGGGUAUAAAUUGGACCUUUGUACGGAUCCUAGGUGCCAUUCCAGGACCAAUUCUUUUUGGGACAGUAAUUGAUCAGUCCUGUGUCCUUUGGCAUAUAGAUGAAUGUGGCAAUCAAGGUGCAUGCUGGACAUACGACAACCCAAGAAUGGCCUACUUAUUUAUAGCAAUUGGUGCACCUUGCAAACUGCUCACUAUUAUCGCAAUUUCUACAGCUUAUUUCCUAUAUAAACCUCCAAGAGUUGCUGAAGUGGUGGCUAAUAGGCCAAAUAGUGAAUGAGGAUUUGAGGACAAGGACUGAAAUAUAACUGUGAUUGAUGAAUGAACUGUGUAUGAACCAAUAAGCCUGUGGAAUAAUGAGUAUACUUUGUAUGAGGCCAAAAUAAAUCACUUGGUAUAUUUUUAAAAUAUAACAACAAUGCAACUUUCCACAUUUGAUGUAUGUAUCUUUACCACAAGCAAUUUUAUUGAUUUAUAAUGUUUCGUUGAUCAAUUAUUUGGAUCGGAUUGAGGGCCAAAGUUUUUUUAAGUCUUAUUGCCAUUGUGAUUUUUUUUGGUUAAACACAAAAACUGCAUGUAAACAAAAGCCUGCAUUAAAAUAGAAAAGCAUGGAGAGUAUUGAAACUGUAUGUGUGAUGGCUAAGGACAGAAAAGUCUUUUCAAUGUUUUAUAUGGAAUGGGUGGCAUCUAGCCUCCAUAUAGGUACCUGUCUAAAAUAACACUUUUUUAAUAAAUCAUCAUGUUAAAUACAACCCGAGACCUUCAACAACUACAGCAUUAUAAAACUUGAAUUUACAUUGUACUUUAAUGCUUACAUUGACUUUUUGCAUCAGCAUGAUUUUAUAUCAGCUUUGAUUUGAAUUAUCUCCUACAGCCAAGUUUAUAAGCAAAUUAAUUCAUUCUUUAUAUAACAAUAUUUAAAUAUCCAAGCUUAAUGAUACUUAAUUAACUUCUUGGAUUACUUCACCCAAUAUUUUCCUGUGUUAUUUGUAACCAGUGUAGUGCUCUGUACUUGCACAUAGUCAAGCAGACCAAAGAUUUCCUGAAUUUGAAUCGCAAACUGUGCUCAACUGAUCCCUUUUGGUGUUAUGCAUGGCAUCAAAGUCGAUGAGGUGGUUGAGGGAGAAUGAAAGGAAAAAUUGUCCCAAUCUUCAUCACUGAUUUUAUAACCAGUGUGCAUGCACGUGUGUUUUUGAGAGUUUUUCUUAACUCUGUUGUAUCCUUACACAUAGGAAAUGGCUGCUUAGUAAUGCACUGCAGAAGCACCACUACUUCUCAAGUGGUACCUGGGCACCAGGCAUGUCCUUCCUAAAAAUACGGAAGGAAGUAUUGGAAAAUAAAUUAGAAAAUUAUUGGAUGCUUCUGCAAGUAUAGUACUAUAGAACCUGAAUGAACACUAAACACGAGCAUGCCCACUGUACUCAUCUCACACAUUCUGUUCAUUUACUUCAAUUUAACCAACUAUGCAAAGAAGUGAGUACAACCAGCUGUUGAUAGUCUGAAAGCCUUCAGUGCUAGCAACCAAAGACUUAUUGAUUUAUUUAGUUGGUAUAAAUAGAAUGGGGGAAAGAUAAGUCUUUGGUCACUAGCAAGGAGCAUCCUUUGUCAUUGAGGACCUUUAUGCAUAAAUAUUUUUAAAACAAUCUUUGCAAAACUGUUCCAUUUGAAUUAUCAUUGAAUUUCUGUUUUCUUUUCCAUGUAUCCUUACAGUAAAAAUAGUAUGCAUGCACAAAUCUGUAGAUACACAAAUUAAAGAUUUUGAACUGUUCAAAAUUGAUAUUUUGUUGAGCGCUUUGAUAAGACAAUUGUUUAAAAGUUUUUGUCAUUUGAUCAUUUUAAACAAUAAAGAAGCUUUACUGG